AGGGAGUAGCCAAGUAGGCAGAAUCAGUUAUCUCGGUAGCAGAGCGGAGAAGGGAGACGUUGUGGUAGUGCUCGAGUUGGGGGGGGGAAAAAAGCAAUAAUGACUUCAACUAAUAUGUUUCAGGGUUUGGAUACCAGCGCAAAAUCCAGUUCCAGGGUGCUGAGGCCGCCAGGAGGGGGCUCCAGUAACUUGUUUGGGAGUGCGGAGGAGAACGCCAGUCCAAACAGAACCCACAAGAUGGCCUCCAGUAUAUUCGCAGCCCCGGAGGCGCCCCAGAGCCACCCCAAAAAGACCAACCCACCAGGCGGCAAAGAUAGCGGGAUAUUCGGAGGGGCACAGCCGAGCCAGCCUCCGCAGCACCCCCGUCCUUCCGCAGGAAAGACCAGCAACAUCUUCGGAGAUCCAGUGAGCAGCUCCACCGCACCCAUCCAUCCCAACAAGCCAAAGGUGGGACAAGCAGCAGAACACACUCGCUCACACAUAAGCUAUCAAAUUCCCAGUGCUGAUACCAACAUCUUUGCCGGAAAAUCAGCCGAGAAGGAGAAAGCAGUGGAGUGUGUGGUGCAGAAGAAGCAGGAGGCAGCUCCUCAGCCUAGUGUAGAUGAGCACGAGCCCAGACUGGGCCCUCGACCCCGGGCUCACAACAAGGUCAUCCAGCCUCCUGGGGGAAAGUCCAGUGUCGUCUUCUACUAACGAGAACCAGCCACUGCCUUUGCUCGCUCUCUCUCUCUCUCUCUCUCUCUCUCUCUCUCUCUCUCUCUCUCUCUCUCUCUCUCUCUCUCUCUCACUGUGUUUCUGUAUCCCUAUGCCUUCUCUUUAGUUCUGUGUGACCUAAUAAAUGUAAUGUAAAGAGCAGGUUUGUGAAGCAGUUGGUUUCUGCCUGCCUGCGUGUGACCCCGGGAGGGUGGAGGCAGGUUCCUCAGGUCAUGUUCUAUAGUGAAAGGACCUGCUGUAGCCCUGCUGGAAGGGAGUCUGCAUCGCCAUCCCUGUCUCCUUCAUCUUCCCCCCAGCGCUGAACAAUCCAGUCUGAACAAUCUCAUUCCUCUCUUGUAGUCUGUUCAAGGAUUGAAGCCCUAAGCAAGGACUUUAUUCUUAGUUUUUUUGUUUUGUUUACCAUUGCUGGUUAGACACAGAGUGUGGUAUUAGAAAUUAAACUGCAAACACAUUAAACCCAUAGGACAAUGUAAACACUGUUUGUUUGUUAAUUAAAAAAAAAAAAAGAAUUAAACGCAAAAAAAUGAUUCUUUGUGGUAGGGUGGUUCCUUAGUUAUGUUGGGGGUUUAUUUGUCCAAUAGCAGUUCCUGUUCUCUGUCUAUCGAAGUGCCAGCCUUUACUUUGUGUGCCUUUUUAUAACAUACAAAUGUGCCUGGCUGGCACAGAGUAAGAAAAACCUGUUUGUUAUGUGUGCUGUGUAUCUCAAUAAACUCCUGUGUUUUGAUAAA